GAACAUCCUUGCCUCCCAUUCCUCCGCCCUUCUCUUGUUCUGCCUAUAGUUUCCGCUGACAGGCUCGGCCUCUCCCUCUCAAAGAUCUUCUCUUACGUGUAUAGGCAGCUCCACAUCCAUCUUCGCUCCAUCUGUUCAAUAGCCAACACGUACUGAUCAGUGAUGAUCCUUGAAAGAUUCGACCAUCCGCCGAACGCAAGCUUAAAUCCUGAUUCCUUCGUGCUUCUGCUCAUACAAAUGAAUAACUCCUACACGAGUACGCGACGCUUCGGUCCAUUCUCCAAGGCUGCCCCUCCUUAUCUUCGGUCUAAGUAAUUGAACUUGGUACUGAAAUUAAAGCUUCGAAAAAUCUGCAUGCAUAAACACCUGCCUCGCCCCCUCCCCCCUCCUUUCCCUCUCAACCACGAUGAAAUCCUUCACUUGCCUCUCCAUCGAAAUAGCUCUGGCACCCAUCGUUGUCUUAGGUUUCACUGUAGCAGGACCCGUCACAGGCGAGCAAGCCCAAAUGCACUUGGAAAUUCCACUUGGAUCUGAUCUGACCUUGCACAGGUACACUUGUGGCCCUUUCAGAGAUCAUUGGAGGAAUCACUGGGUGGGUCUCGGGAUUGGUUGUCUGGUGAGUUUAACUCUCCCUUCCCUCGUCAGGUGGAAGUGUGUUGAGAAUGAACCCAGCUUGAUGAUGGUAGUAUAGAACCUGCCAGUGUCACGGUCGUACACAUCUUAUAGAAUCAUUCAUCCCACCCAAGUUCAACCCAGUGGUGAUUCAUCUCCACCUCGCCUUAUCUUCUUCUUCCAACGAUCUUCACUGUCCCUCCAACAUGAACAGUCCGAGGACUUCCCUGUAAAUAUUUGUCAAUCAGAUAGAGCUGAGGGAAUGCGAGUGCAAAGACCAAGAAGGCGAAAUUUCGUAAAAGUUAUACUACAAGCACCGCGCUUACAGGCAAGGAAGCGAGAUCAAAGUGGAUACGAAGACAAAGUCGGGUGUGUAUAAAGGAAACAGCUGAG